CCGACCCUUCCGUACAUCCACAGCUUCAGUUAGCGCACACAUAGCGGAACACGUUUGGCGUGGCCUUGCCGGCACCUGAGCAACCCUUGGACCCUUCCUGUUGACAUCCCUGUACCUGAGGAUCUGCCAGCCCCUCCUCCCCAGAUGUAGAGGGAGUUGUAAUCUUCAGCAGCCGUGUACACAAUUCUUGCGCUGUCCAGUGAAGUUGCCCACCAUGCGCGAGUAUAAGCUUGUGGUGCUGGGGUCGGGAGGCGUGGGAAAGUCUGCACUGACAGUCCAAUUUGUGCAAGGCAUUUUUGUGGAGAAGUAUGACCCCACAAUAGAAGACUCCUACAGAAAGCAAGUCGAGGUCGAUGGGCAGCAAUGUAUGCUUGAAAUCCUGGACACAGCUGGAACUGAACAGUUCACGGCCAUGAGGGACCUGUACAUGAAGAAUGGCCAGGGCUUUGCUUUGGUGUACUCCAUUACAGCGCAGUCAACAUUUAACGACCUGCAGGACCUCCGGGAGCAGAUCCUGCGAGUAAAGGACACAGAGGAUGUUCCCAUGAUCCUGGUGGGAAACAAGUGUGACCUGGAGGAUGAGCGUGUGGUCGGGAAGGAGCAGGGUCAGAACCUGGCCCGUCAGUGGAACAACUGUGCCUUUUUAGAGACUUCAGCUAAAUCAAAGAUCAACGUUAAUGAGGUAAGUGCUAAUACCACACGCUGCACGUGUGGUCUCUCUUCAUUAUGCUUCUGCACCAGUGACUGCAUGCCU